GGCGGCAUCCGCGGUUAAGGACGGCCAUGUGGUGUUUGCCGACGGUUACGGCGUGUCAGACACGAUGACCAGACGACCGGUGACCAACCAGACGCUGUUCGUAAUAGCCUCCAUGUCAAAGGCGUAAGCAGCUGCUCUCAUGGUCAAACAGCUACGGGACCGAAAAUUGUCCUUACACACCAAACCAAGUGACCUACUCCCGGAAGGGUUCCAGUUUAGUGCGCGCGAGUUCACGCAAUACGCAAUUAUCCAUGACCUCAUGACCCACUAUCUCGGCGUGCCGCCCAAUCAGAUGAUGCGCCUGGACAAGACUCUUACGCGAAAAAAGGCGGCGAGACGAAUCCGGUAUUUUCGACCAGUGCACAAGUUCCGCCUUAAAUACCUAUAUAGCAACAUGCAUUAUGGCAUUGUGUCGUAUUUGAGCGAGGUGUUGGGCGGAAAAUCAUGGGAGAACCUUAUACGAGAGAACUUCUUCGUCCCACUGGGCAUGAUUCACUCUGACUUCCUCUCAUAUGUCAACCAAACGGCUUAUGACGUUGCUCACGGUUACGUCGAGGAUGCGUUGAACGGAGAACUGAUUCAAGUUUCUGAAGAACUUAAUAAGUAUGGAAUAUUUCGAUCGUAUUGUGAUAUGUUCGUCAAAAUAUUAAGAAUAAAAGAUCAACAUUGUUGUAUGUAUUGGUUAGUAAAACAUACGAUGACAACAAGUUCUCGUUCGUGCAAAUAUACUACGAUCCAAAGAUAUCGGUUAAUGACCGGGCGCAUGCCCAAGGGAAGUGACUGA